GUAGUUUCGUUUUAAAUUUCAAGGUGAAAUGAAUCUUUUCACAAGUAAACAACCUAUACAGUAUAACCAUUCUUUCAGGUUGAAGAAAAUGGUAUUUAUUAAGUAGAGGAGAACAAUUUUAAUAGCAAAUUAAGAUGGAUGAUUACAAGAGACAAUUUAAAACGCCAGGAAAUCAAAACUGGCUGAAAGGAGCAGUAGCUGUAAAUAUAUCGAAACACGGAUUGGCACCAUUUGCUUGUAAGGUUGUGGAUCAUUUGCGAGUGGAAACGAUAAAGACACAAUUAUCAUUAGAUAUUUGUGAGAAUUGUUCACUUCCGGAAACAAUUCCCUGUGACCUUAAAAAUGGCAUAUGUAACGAAGGAUACUGCACAUUUCAUCAAGGACGUUCAUUUCACCCCUGUCCAAUAUUAAAGUGCAACGACUUUCGCAACGAUUGUUUAGUCAAGAUCGACAAAGGAAUUCCUCUUGGAGUCACGUGCAAUGGCUGCAGUACAGCGGAAAUCGUACCGUGCAUUCAGGGAAACCAAGUUUGCCGUUACAGUUGCGGGAUAUGUAAAUUCCACAACGACCCCAAAACAAAUGUGCCAAUCAAACAUCGCCCAUGUCCGAAAAAUAUAUGCGAUGCACUCUUUGAUGCCAUCGAAAUAAACCACCGAUUUGGCAACCCCUCGUGGCGCAAUACAGACGUUAGGAAAAUGUGUUUCAACUCGUGGCAUAUUGCGAAGUGUUACAUGCCGAGGGAAGGAUAUGCCCAUGUUGAAAAUGAGGAAUCAACAGACCUAAAUGGUAUCAUCAAUGUUUACAUCAAUUGCAAGACAUUUCAAAACUACUUCAAUGCCGACCUCUCACAACUUCAAAAUGUAUGCACAAAGGUUCGUGAGGUAGGUAAACAACUCCGUCAUGCCACAGGGCUGGAAGUUGAAGAGGAUGUACUUAAGGACUGGAUGUAUGACCUGAAAAAUGUGUUCAAUGACCCCAUUUUCCUCGGCGUAAACCAAUACGCGCAAUUCGCCCUAGACCAGUUAACAAAGCUAGAAAAAGACCAAAUACAUAUAGAACAAUCAGAUGUCGUUGCAGCCAUUGAUGGAAUAACAAAUUCUCUUAAAACCAUAUUAUGUAACAACGAAGAUCUUAGCGAAAACCUUCGUGAAAUCAAGGACAAUCUUAAGGAUCUAGAAAGGUUGAAGCGUGAUAUACUGGACGAAAUAAAAGACGAAACCAAAAGACAACAACAUAAUAUACGUGUAAGUAUAUCAGACGGGAUUAAAACUAUCGAAAAAGCAGUAGAAACCGGGCGUGCCGAUAUUCAAGAAGAUUUUCAAAAGGGCAUUCUGCAAAAUCGCGGAUUGAGUGAAACAAAUAGCCGCACAGGACUAUCAUCUGAAAUAGCUGAAUUAAAACCAAAGCUACUGAAGAGCCUCCUCGAUUUCCAUAAGAAGAACAACAGCACUUUGACCCUUGGACCUUUCUUCGAGAUUCAAGAUUCAAGACUUGAGGAUUUUUAUGUACCACCAAGCCUGGUAAAGAUGUGUUCGAGCUCUACAUCAGUCGAUGAUGGACUCUUUGAAGAUACAACAGAAACAUUUACGAGUCUAAUGCAGUUGUUGAACCCCGAUAACGACAUUAAACAAUUUAUCUAUAUAACGGCUGAUGCCGGUGCAGGUAAAACGUCAUUCUGUAAGUUUUUAGUUGUGAUGUGGUGCGCUGUUCAGGGCGGUAGAAGCGAUCUGAUUGAUAAGUUUCAGAACAAACAAAGUUACCUUAGUGACAUAAGAUAUCUGAACAAAUUCUUUUAUGUCUUCUAUAUAAAGGGACGGGAGAUUUUAUCACAUAGCUUGGAAGACAUCAUAUUUUCCAAUAUACAAUCUGUUGACACUUCAAUAGAACGUAAUGCGGUCUUUGAUCAUAUCCUGUCAAGCGAGAAUAUCUUACUAAUAUUGGAUGGUCUCGAUGAAUCAACUAUUAGUUUACUGACACCGCCACCAUCUAAUAGAAAGUACACAAUAAUUAUUACAUCGCGUCCUUGGAAAAUUGCGGAAAUAGACUUACCAAAGCAUAGUUACGAGCAUGUGCAAAUUGAGCCAAUGAAAAGUGAAACAUCCAAUAACCUUUUAUUUCAUGCAAAUAGUCGCUUGAAUCAAAGUUCAGGUACUUCGUACACCAUUGAAGAUUUUCACUCGUGUGUGCUUUCCCAAAGGCUAGCAAUCCUUGUUUCUAACCCAAUGAUUGCUCUUCAAUUGCUUUGUCUAUACCAUGAUCACUGUGAUGACGUCACAACUGAAAUUGAAAACGAAAUGAUCAAUAUCGGAGAAACGCGAUCACAUGUGUAUGCAAACAUUGUAGAAAUGAUGUUCAAACGAGUAUGUAAGACACACGGACAGUUCAUGGAAUCAAUGGAAAAAACUCGUCGUAAGCUUCCUGACUGUUUCGAAAAAUUGCAAAAGUGCAAUAAACUUACAAAACUCAUUAUUAAUAUUGGCAAGCUAGCUUUCAGUUCACUUACGGAUGGCAAAAUCAAAGCGAUUAGUGAAAAUGAUGUUGAAGAAUACCUUUCCCGUAAAGAAAUAAGGGCUGUUUUGCUGUCAGGAUUAAUUUCUGCAACGAGCUCAGGUAAAAAGAGUGACGAUUCUCGCACGUAUGUGUUUUUACACCAUACAUAUCAGGAAUUUUUUGCGUGCGUGUAUUUAGCUUCGCAUUCAUUUAAACGUGGAGACAGUUUCAAAGAGAUGGCAGAGGAGAUAAUCACUCCUGAUUUUAUAUCAUUUUUGUGUGUUAUGAAACACGAACUGGGUAUACAAAGUGCUGAUAUAUUCGGUGAAGACAUGAAUAUUCACGCAGGAAUCUCAUUUGAUAGAAAUGCUCUUGGAAGCUAUCAGUCAGCUAUAUUACAGGCAUAUGAAGACUGCAUAAAUAUUGGAAUAAAAAAGCCUACACUUCCAUUGAAGUACGCACGACUUAGCGAAAAUUCAGUUUUAAAACACAACAAUCCAUUACUGAAAUUAAAUAGUAGCAUAAUUGAGAUACUCUAUGUCGAAGAGUAUAACGAGUUGAAGGACAUAAAUGUGUGGCCAUUUCCAGCAUUAAGCUGUCUUAGAUUAGAACGUUCAGAUUUACUUGACAAAUGUCUUGAUCUAUCUUGUUGUACUAACCUUGCGUAUAUUACUCUACAAAAUUGUCGUAUGACUAGCAUAACUAUCAAGCUUAAAAUGGUAAAAAAUCUUUGGGUGUACGUUAACCCUGAGAUCAGGCAAGAUAUACCACGUAUGAAGAUAACAUUGGCGCAAGGGUCAACGUUUUCGAAAAAACUGACGAAGCUCAGUUUAGUCAAUGUUCUACUGGACUCUCCACUUGAUCUCUCACUUUGUAGUAAGCUGUCAAAAUUAAUUAUUAGGCACAUUGCUACAGCUAAUCAAUCCAUCGAGUGUCCUCUUCACAAUUUAAAGAACUGCGAACAUAUCGAGAACCUGCAUUUUGACACAAUGCACUUAUCUGAAGAUAUGACCGAUGUCUCGCAAUUUUCACCACGACUGGAGGAACUAUCCUUAGUGCAUAUAGAAACAGACACAUCCCUAGAUUUUUCUCACUGUGAUGAGCUCUCAAAACUAGUCUUGAAAAAUGUGUCUACAUCUACGGUGAACAGAGAAUGUUCUCUUCGCAAUUUACAAGAUUGCACAAAUCUCGAAAAUUUGAAUUUUGUUUCAUUGCAUAUUUCUACUGAUACAAAUCUAGAUUUCAGUACUCUUGAAAACCUAACUGAGGUUAAACUUCAAAUGAUUGAUCUUCCUUUCGUUGUCCGGUUUGGUAAUAACAUUGAGGAAAUAUUUUUUGCAAAUGUUAAUUUUCCCGAGAACACGCAUUUGGAGUUCCACUUGCAUACAAAUCUCCGUAAAAUAACACUCAUGAACAGUUCCCUGAGUCACGUUACAGUGAAUCCAAGAACAGUUAAAAAAUUAUGGUUGUUCGUAAACACGGAGAUGAAACAGAAAAUAGCGCCAUUGACGGUUUCAUUCGCUGGCAAUUCAACGUUUUCAAAUGAACUGAAAGCGCUUAGCUGUGUUCAUGCCGUCAUAAGUGAUGAUAUUGAUAUAUCAGAAAGUAUUGACCUGCAUUGCAUUCAAAUAAGUAAUGAACUGAAACCAAACAAUCUCGUAUCUAAGUCAUUAGAAGAAAUUUAUUUCAAUGCUGUCGAAAAAGAGACGUGUGAACAGGUUUUAAAGAUAAUCUCUGAAAGUAAAUCGCUAGAGCGCUUAUGCUUUGAGAAUUUAUCAACACACGUGCUUAAUUUCGUAGUAGAUCAGCUGAUCUGCCAAAAGACAAUAAGCAUGUACAGGUUUCAGUUCAUGAUUUUAGAUGAACUUGAUGUGGAUUUCAUACGGAAAUGUUCAGCCGAGACACUUGCAUUUGUAAAAGUUCAAAUAGUUUACACAAUGUUCGUCAGUAUAGCCACUGAACUUUCAAAUAUAACGACUACAAGUGAUCAAGAAGAAAAGGCAAUGGAAACAAUGCGUGUAAAGGAAAUUCAUUUUACCAACUGUUACAUUAUUGGCUGCACAGUUAAAGAAUUUAAUUCAGCCUUGAAACAAAUGCAUGAACUUUGGGUGAUUGAAAAGUGUCAAACAGACGAAGAAAUAACCUUGGAAAGGGAUGAAUUUAGACGUUCCAGGUCAAGCAGUGACAAUAACAAAAACGUGCGUUUGAAGAGUUUGAAAAUCAAAUCAAAAUGAAAUCAGCGGUCCCCAUCGGCAUAAAAAACAUGUUUAUACGAGUACGAUUACAAAAGUUGCAAUUAAUGAAUGUACAUUUGAGAUUACCUUAAACGGACUUAACACAUUCUGGAAAGUAUCAACAAGCCGUUUUGAAUCAAACAAGAUGAAAAAAUAAGAGAAUAUUAGAGUAGAGUAGUGUACUAGAAGUUCCAUAUGAUUACGUGUUUUGUGUUAGAAUAAACGGACGUUUUAGUAAAAAUGAAAUGGAUAUUUUUAGGCCUCAAGUUAUACCCUUAAAUUGAUAGUAAGGAAGUAGCCGUCUAUUGUUUAUUUUACGUAAGCAAUAUAUAAGUUUGUAAAGCAGUCACGAAUUAGAAGCUAAAUGAUUUCUACUUUAAGAUAUUUAUUUUGUAUUUUUAUUUCAUUUUGUUGUUUUUGAAUAUAUAUAUUUUAUGUAUGAUAUUUGAGGUUUUUUAAUGAUGCAAUGUGCAUUUACUGUAUUGAUACAAUUAUUAAAUUUCUGACAAAG